AUGACGGGCCCGUUCAAAUUCUACAACUGCUUGCUCAAAAGCCACCCCUACAAGACCAACAUGAUCGGGAGUGGCGUGUUUUUUGGUGCCGGCGACGUGCUAGCCCAGUACCUUUUCCCCCACCACAUCGACGACAAUUUCGAAAACCCCACAGAAUACCACCUGGACAGGACGUACCGGGCCAUGGUCUACGGGUGCUUUUUCUUCGGGCCUGUGUCGGUGAAAUGGCACACCAAAACGCUUCCGUACAUCAUGAGCCCGUUUCUUUCCGCGGCCAAGCGGGCCAAAAUGAAGCCCUACUCCAUGCACAUCCAUGACACGCUUUUCAGGCUCACACUAGACGCGUUGCUCAUGCCGGGCUUGAUCUGGAUCCCCAUGUACAACACGGUCAUGAGCGCGUUGGCCUUCCACCUGGACCCGUUGGCCGUAGCCAGCGAGAAGUUGCGCAACAACUGGUGGGGCGUGUUGAAGGCCAACUGGACCGUGUGGACGCCGUUGCAGCUUUUCAACUUGUUCUGCGUGCCGAUCCAUCUCCGCAUCGUGGUGUCCAAUUUCUGGUCCAUCGGCUGGAACUGCUUCUUGAGUUUUGUGCACAACACGAGCGGCCACGGCAAGGGCAGCGGCAAGCUCAUCGAGGAGCUUGUGGACAUCGAGUCGGCUGACGAGGAGCAGACCAUGGUCUACUCGUAG